CGUCGCAGCUCUUGGUGUCAGUGCACCAGCGUGUGUCUCAGGCAGUGCUGUGUGUGCAUCGCCGCUUCGCCGUGCGCGCCAAUGUGUGUGUGACUCCAGCGCUCUCUCUGCGUACGACAGGUGGAGAUGACAUGACCGCGUUGGAGAGGAAGGAAGGAAAGGACCUACGCGGUCAGCAGGUGUUGCUGCAUCCUGAGGAGAGUUCACUUCCUGGCCUGACAAGCAGACAGUCCACCACGUCCGAACAAGUCCAGAACAUGGAAUCUGCUGAAGAGAUCUGGCACUGUAGGAAGUCACCGUGACCUCUUACAAAUGCAUGUGGAAAGACGAGCUAGUGCCAGGAGAAAACCCGCUCAACAUGAACAUGCAAACCUCCACACAGAGAUGCUCCAACAAAUAUUUGAACACGGAUCUCCUGCCUGCAAGGUGCACGUGCAUGUGAGGCAAUUUUGAAAAUGUGUCCCUUUUUUCUUGGUGAAUUUUAGAUUUGAUCUCAUGAUGUGACAACUUUUUCCUCAACAAAAUACCCCAUUCUUCUAAGAAUGUGAAGUAAUUCUUUGCAGUGUGGUUCUAAUUUUCCUUCAUACAUAAGAACGUCAGAUAGUGUAAAAAAAAAAAUCAAAAUAGAAAUAAAAAUGCAGGUUACCAGCCAGCCAGAGAAGGUGAGAAAAAUGCUUGGUAGGAAAUUACCUUGACAUUAUACAGCGCUUAUGGCUCAUGGCUUCAUCACGCCCACUAGUGUGCUCCCCUUUCAGACUUGAUUAAACUUUUUAGUGAGCUUCUGUCCCCACAGUUGUGUCCCAGAAGUCUUCCACAGUUUUUAUUACCUCUGACGAUAGUAGUUGAGGGCCUUUUGCCCUGUAAUUUUUCUCUCAUAAUGCAUUUUAUUAGCAGGUCGUGUCGUCCAGCACUAUCAUUCAUAACUCAUUUCUGUGCUGUUACUCUUGUGAGGUGACUGCUGUGUUCUCAGCUCUUUUUGUUUUUACACCCGUGCAGCAGCUUUACACGUAUAUUUUAGUGUUGAAGAGCCCCACUCAAGAGCAACUGAGUGUGGCUCUUAUAGCAGUGAAGACCGGAGUACACACACGAUAUAAGCCAUCCAUAAGUACCAUUUAAAAAGAAAAGACAAAAGAACGGUUAAACACAACAUGCAUUUUAGUACCAAGAUUUUAUGGGCUAUUUUGGUGAUGGUUGCAGUAAGUUGCAGCUCCUUUCUAAAAAAAUUACAAUGUUUUGGAGGAAUUUUUUCCCCGAUGAAGUGUGAAUGUGAUCUGUUUCACCGUUUAUUACAAACAAUUGGACUUAUGAUCAAAUGAGAACACAAAACAGUCUAACUAACCUUACUAAUGACAAAUCAACUAAACUGAAAAACUAAAAAAUGCUCAGGAUAUUAAGCAAAAAAAAAACAACUAGUUUAUUGGAUGCAUUUGAAAAAACAAUAUAAUGAACACUCAACUCACAGAGAAUGGGCUCUUCAUUUGGAAGAAGUGCUCGCCAAUAAUUACCCUGACACAGCUUGAGCCUCAUCAAACCGAACCGAACGGCAGUCUCGCUCACGGAACGAACAAAAUACACAGCACAGUACAUCCAGAGCAACUUAACACAACAUAGAUGGGCUGCCACUACUGUGUGGGCAAUAAACAACAACUAAGCAAUAAUGAAAAACACGUAAACUUGAACGGUGUUUACAGAGUGCCCACAAGGCAUGCUGGGUACUCCAGCAGCAACUUGCGGUCACACUGUAUAUAGUUGAUAAGAAUAACAUGUUUGUCGAUAACAUUGUUGGACACUUUCUCAAGGAAAGAGUAAUAUUGUUGCAAAUUUUGUGCAAUAAAAAUACAUGUUGAAAAACCACAUGCCUUUUUGGAAAAGUAAUAAGCUGGUGAAGCUGUCAAGUGACCAAUGUUUGCAGUGAAUCAUUUACACUCUCUUUUGAGAAUCACAAAUGUUACAAAUAGAGUGAAUAAACUUGUUUAAAUUGUUUUAAAUUGUUUUAAGUUCCUGCAGAUGUUAUCUCAUCUUAUUUUCUUCAUCUAUUUUGAUAUGCAGAAUGCUGGUCCUAGUAACUCAUACAGUGGUUUGUACAGAUAGAUAAACAAUAUCAGGUUCUCGGCACAUGGUGGCGUAGUGGUUAGGACCUUGGCCACAGAGUCAGGAGGUCUGGAAAAUCUGGGUUCGUAUCUGUUUGGGCAUCUCUCUGUGGAGUUUGCAUCUCUUCCGCAUGGGUUUUCUCCAGGUACUCCGACGUCCUCCCACAUUCCAAAAAAUGUGCAUGUUGGGUUAAUUGGAGACUCUUCAUUUUCCAUAUGUCUGAAUAUGAGUGUGAAUGGCUAUUUGUCUGCAUGUGCCCUGCGAUUGCGAUGUGUUCUUGGGCUCCUACCAUCUUACCUCUGUACAUACAUGCAUAAAUACCAACAUCUCUCUCAGAAAAACAUACUGAUGGUUGUUCCUAGAUUCAGAACAGAGUUAGGUAAGACAGCAUUUCAGUAUGCUGCACCCUUUGCAUGGAAUGAUCUGCAAAAUGACUUAAACUUAUCUCAACUUGUGACGUUAGGAGAAAUUAAGGCUAUUUUAAGAGUGUGAAAUGAAAGGGCUUGGCCAAUGUAGCUGUUUUUAAAUUGUUGAAACCGUUGAUUGUUCACUGUGAAUGUUGUAUCGUAUGUUGGGAAUGUCUUGUCAGAAAUUUGUGUUAUGCUGCCGUCUCGGCCAGGUCACUCUUAUAAAAGAGAUUUUUAAUCUCAGUGAGGCUUAUCUGGUUCCAUAAAGGAUGACUGAAUGAUUUUGGCUGUUGACCAGUCCACGGUAUACACCGCCUCUACGCCCACAGUCAGCCGGGAUAGGCUCCAGCAUUCCCCCCGCGAUUGCGCUCCUGUUGAGGAUAGGCGACAAUAGCAUUUCAAUUCAGGGUGUCGUGGAAAAACUGUCAGACGGAAAAUAACUGAGAACCGCCACUCUUCAGUACAACAGUACGCCACACAACUCCCCGCAUAUGCCUCACACACAGAUAGCUGAUAGAAUAAUGGUGAAUAAGUACGUUUACCCAUGUAAUAUUACCGUUAAUCUUUUCUCAUCUUGUCAUGCUGGUGUAUUGACCGCAAAUGGGUCAUUUGUUGUAAAAAGUGAAUCUUAUAUGAAUGUUUUUCUUAAUUUACUGCAACUGUACUAAUUAUUGAACAGCAUACAGUAUAUACAGUAUGUUUAUCUUAAGGGAGAUUCAUAAAGUAUUUACUAUAUGUGUGAGGGGAGGGGGUGUUGGUAGCUGUGGGCCGCGACCAUAAAAACAUAAUGAGACAGAUCUGUUAGAUUAUGCUCAUCACAGGUGCCAUCCGAAAUGUCAUGGCUCUCAGUGAGAUUAGAGAUGCGGGUAAUAAAAAAGACAAAGAGGGGGAUGCAAGUGCAUCCUGAUUAGAGAGGACCUAGGGGAGGAAAAGCUAUAGAAGAGAGACGGGAUUAAUUAGGUUCAUGGAAGGGAAAAGACAACGGCAACAAAUUACAUCAAGUAUUUGUGUACCCUUAAUUUCAUUUUAGCGUUUAGAUUCUUGGAGUUGUACGCUCAUUCUUCAGUUUUGUACAUUGGUGAGGCAAAUUGUGAAGGAUUAAUAUUGAUUUAUAAAACAUGAAAUAAAAUGAUGAAUAAAUAUAAUAAUGGCAAAACACCAUUAUCAUAAUAACGGGGGGGGGAUGUUGUCAUGACAUUUUCAAUUCAGAUAAAAGCUUUGUCCAAAUUCACUCAAAUUGAAAUGGCAUUAGGAAAAAUCAAAUCUUGUUAGUGUAAUGAAAUUAUGUCUAUUCACAUUUUGAAGACUGCCAGUUUGUACUCAUUUGCAGAUUACAGCUUGUCAAGGCUCAAAACAUCCUCGCAGUAGCAGCUGUGAUGUUCUCCUUCCAUGUAAGAUGACGUGAGGUUGAGUGACAAGCAGAUGCAUCAAUAUAUUAGAUGCUUUGAGGUUUAUUUUGAAAAAUGAUUGUGAAAGGUCAUAGGACGGAGAGUUUGACAUUUACAGAGGCAACUGGUAAUACGCACACACACACACACACACACACACACACACACACACACACACACACCUAUGAUGAUAGAUAAUUGCGUACAACAGCUACAUUUUGGAGGAUGAUGAAAUUAGUUUUCAAAGCAAGCAUUCCAAGCCCUUUAGCUGAUGAUGCAACCCACUCGGACUGAAAGUGAUUCUCUCACUGGCUGGCAGAGGUCCAGCUUCAUUAUGACUGACUGAUUGAGCGAUCAAAGCUAAUGACAUUUAAUCAUAUGUAAUAAGCAGUACUGAGUGCUCAGGCAUGACAAGACUCUCCACACAUUCCCCAUCUACGCUUUUUUGCUCUGCUUGCACCCUUCACACUUUGACCCACCAAGCCUAGAGACACCCCUCCCCUUCACACACACAUGCCCUUGUUCGUCCCUGUGCUUUCUCACAUCCCAUAACUGAGGAGGAGAUGAUGGGAUAGUUGAAGGUUGUUAAAGGUGGACAUCUUUGGGUAGAAGCUGCUCUGGUCUGACUGGAACAGCUUUGUCAAGACCAGCCAAAGCAGCUCUGGUAGUCACAGGCAAUAUUUUCUACAUAUUUCCUGUUUAUAUUCACCACACCGUCUUAAAAGCAGCAGUGCCUCAAGCCACUUGGAUAUCGUCCAGUAUUUUCUGAUGCUUUGAUCAGAUUUUGAAGUCCCACUGAGAUGCUUUUACACUAAACUGCUGUAAUAAUGCAGUGAUAACUGCAAGGGAUAAAAGUAGACACAAAUAUUCCUGAGGUAGUAACGUGCAACAACAUCUAAAUGGAAGUUGUGACCCUCACUUUGACUGAAGUUUUGGGGAGGGUGAUGAUGUAAAAAUUCUCAAGGCGCAGUUGGCUCAUGUUGUUUUCCUGCUUUUUUUGCCUAAAAAAACCCAAACAGACCUCAAAGAAAGUCAUCUCUUCUCAAGUUGUUUCAGUGCUUCUAAGGGGACUCAAUAGAGCACAGACCAGGGACGAACCAUGCAUAUGUUGGAUCACAACCAUAUUGUAAAUUCAAAGAACUCAGUUGUCUGUCAAUAAAAAGUUUUACAAUGACGUUUCGCAUAAAAACACAACACAAACAAACGUUAUUAGACAGCAUUAUCACCAGAAAUGUAAAUCAAAUUUUUUCAAACCCAUCAUUGUAUGUGCAAAUAGCGUUUAUUUAUGAACCGCACCCAGUGUGACCUGACAUUAGUUUCAGGUAAUAUGCUGCCAAUAUCAGUAUUGGUAAAAAGCCAAUAUCAGCCUAAAUCUUAAUCCAUCCAUUUUCCCCUGCUGGAGAGACUAUGAAGGCCUCCUCCCAGUUAGCAAACCCUUAACCGCUCACUACUGAGGCACAGGAGCCCCUAAUGAAUGCCACACAUUGACCGAGACCCCAAAGUUGUAAUAAUGUUAAUGUUGCAAUAAUAAUGGACUGGAUUUGUAUAGCGCCUUUUUUAAAAGGUGCCCAAAGUGCUUCACAGUGGAGCCAUUAUUCAUUCAGGUGGUCACGCCACACCACACCACAGUGGUAGUGGUAAGCCACUGACGGAAACGAAGCUGCCAAUUCACGUCUACAGCCUCACGAAGAUAGGUACGACCUGCUCUACCUCCUGAGCCCUUGCCGCUGUCUUCUGCAACACUCUUGGUCUGGGAUGUCACCUAUAGGAUCAAUUUGCCUUGGAAGAGACCCUCCCAGGUCUACAGUAUGUAGCCCUCGAUAGCAUAGCUCCAAGGAUCACUCGGCCAGUCAGACACCUCUACCACAUUAAGGUGGUGAUUCAUGGGGCUAAUUUGGCCACCUGAUUUUUACAAAUUUGUUUUGUCAUCAUUUAAAAUGUUAGCUGAAUGGGUUAAUGUGUGUGUGUGUGUGCGUGUGUGUGUGUGUGUGUGGUGAAGUAGAUGUCAUUGGUGAUGCUUCUAAAAAUGUAUAAAAAUACAAACUACAUACAGUGGCAUGAUCAGACGCAUUUUCAUUGGUUGCUUUGCUUCGCAGUGUUACCAAAGCAUGCAGGAGAACACAGAUAAUUCAUGUUAGAAAGCCACUUUCUGCAUAUAUAUGACUUUUAGAGUCAUGCAUGAUCCUCUGUUUUACAUUACUCAUUCAUUCAGUUUCCACCACGUAUCUUAUUCAAGGUCUUAUUCAAGGAGCACCCAGCUGACUUCAGGCAAGAGGCAGGGUCAACCCUGGACCAGUCUAUCACAGGAAUGUUUGACAUUAACAAAAGUAAAAAAAAAAAAAAAAAAAAAGAAAAGGAAAAUUUAAAAAUUAAACAAGAAAAAACCCAACAACAAAACAUAAUUCCACAAUAUUUUGCAAAAAUGUAUUUUGUAAUUUAAAUUGUUUGAUUUGUUAACUAACCAACAAAACAUGGAGGAUCUACCACUGUUUUCUCAACAUAUCCUCUGCGCACCAAAAUCCUCAUGUAUGCUGAUGCACUCAAAAUGAUUCAACCCUCACAAAUUCGUAAAGUUUCUAAACUUGCAGUAGUUUGCAUUAAAGCAACAAAACAAAAACAAUUUAAAUAACUAAAAGCAAGUAAUAUUCCAGAUGGUCACUGUUCUUUUUUAAAUUGGCUGUCUAUUGGAAGUUUCUAUAUUUUCUAUAUAGUUUCUUAUAUUUUUUCAAUGCUACUUUUGUCUUUCUUCUCUCAGUGCGGGUGCAUGUAGGUCACGUCUAACGUUCGUCUAACAUUUCAAGCACGCCUGUAAACUUGAUUAAGAGGACGCCCCGGUUUGUCUCUGCUGUGAUUAGACACCGGUUGCCUUGAUGGGACAUUUGAGCAUUUAUUAUGCAAGCAAGACAAACAAAAAGCAAAAUCAGAAGUGCUUUCAUCCUAUCAGAACCAGCAUUGUAAGAUUGCUAAGAGAAGUGGUUGAGAGGGGUAAUAUAUUUGUUGGUAGGCCCGUCGUACAAUUAUUUUAUGCCUCAUGGGUUUAUUCUUGCCUGAGAAAAUAAAUGUAGUUUUCACAGUACAUGACAUAAAGUUACUACGUUCCAGAAAAGCAAAACUAAUUCCUUUGAAAGUUUUAGUUCAAGUGCCUCCAGAAUGUUUUUGUGAGCCUUUUGCAGUGUGAAGGGUUUCUCACAACAAAAUACUUGCACAAAAUCACACAAAAUGAGAAAACUUAAGCUCAGGGCUUUGGUUUGGAGACACAUGUUUUAUUGUAAAUGAGCAGCCAAACAGAAGCAAGGGCAUAUGUUUGUCUCCCUCCGCAGGAUGCUCUGCUGCAGCUGGCAGCGGUUGUCGAUGUGCGCUCACUGCGAGCGGCCCUUCGAGACAGCGUCCAGGCGCUGCUACCAAGCACGGUGUGUGUAUGUGUGUACACACUGGAGGGAAACUCGAGGCUAUUGUCUGACAGCCCACCACAUGAGCUGCCACAGGAGGGAAAGAUCAGGAGCGUUGUUGACCAGCUGAAGCGAUGUCAGUGCGCCGGCUUUCCAUCAUCGGAACUCCCAGAAAAAUACAGAACCUACCUUGCAGCGCCACUGGCGGCACACCAAAGAGCUGUUGUUAUUCCUGUCUUGGACCAGGAGAGGACCAAGGCCAUUGCUGUCUUACUGGUGGGCUGUAGUCCUCUCACUGAUCAGGAUGAAGUGCAUCUCAACAUGCUAGAAAAACAUGUCUCGGUGGCAUGUGUGCGCGUCCAGCUUGUUCAGGCGUCCUACCAGAGGCCCCCCCUCAGCCCGUCACCGAUCCAGUCCCACAAUGCACUGCUGCACCUCAACGUCUCCGAGCAGGAAUACUGCGAGUUGGACCGCAACAUCCUACAACUCUGUGGUGAGCUCUAUGACCUUGAUGCAGCCUCUCUCCAGCUCAAAGUCAUCAAUUAUCUGCAGCAGCAGACUCGGUCGCAGUGUUGUUGUCUGCUGUUAGUGUCUGAGGACAACCACCAGCUUUUCUGCCAGGUAGUUGGAGACAAAGUCCUGGAGGAGGAGAUCAGUUUCCCGCUGAUGUUUGGACGUUUUGGUCAGGUUGUGGAAAAGAAGAAGUCCAUUACUCUUCAAGACAUCAGUGCUGAGGAGCGCAGGCAGCUGUCCAGUAUGUUGGGCUGUGAGAUCUCCUCCAUGCUGUGCGUCCCAGUAGUAAGCAGGGCCACAGGCCAAGUGGUGGCGCUCGCAUGCGCCUUCAACAAGCAAGGUGGACAGAGACACACAGAGGUAGAUGAGCAUGCCAUCCAGCACUGUUUCUGCUACACUUCAACGGUCCUCACUUCAACUUUGGCCUUCCAGAAGGAGCAGAAACUGAAAGUGGAGUGCCAGGCACUAUUGCAAGUGGCCAAGAACCUCUUCACACACUUGGAUGAUGUGUCGGUGCUCUUACAGGAAAUUAUAGUGGAGGCCAGAAACCUCAGCGGUGCAGAGAUCUGUUCUGUUUUCCUGCUGGAUCGCCAUAGCCAUGAGUUGGUGGCCAAGGUGUUUGACGGGGGUGUGGUUAGUGAUGAAGAGAAGGAGUUCCGUAUCCCAGCAGAUCAGGGUAUUGCAGGUCAUGUGGCAACCACGGGUCAAAUCCUGAAUAUUAAGGACGCCUACUCCCAUCCUCUUUUCUACCGCGGUGUGGAUGACAGCACUGGAUUCAAGACUCGCAACAUCCUCUGCUUCCCCAUCAAAGAUGAGAACAAUGAGGUGAUCGGCGUUGCUGAGUUGGUGAAUAAGAUGAACGGGCCGUGGUUCAACCGCUUUGAUGAGGACCUCGCCACAGCGUUUUCCAUCUACUGUGGUAUCAGCAUUGCCCAUUCUUUGCUCUACAAGAGAGUCCAUGAAGCUCAGUUCAGGUCCCACCUGGCUAAUGAAAUGAUGAAGUACCACAUGAAGGUUUCGGAAGAAGAGGUGUCUAAGCAGCUGGUAGUCGGGAUUGAACCCGUAAAGGAGAUACAUCCGUGUUUCGCCGAGUUCACUUACACGCCACGCUCGCUGCCUGAUGACACCACUCCCAUGUGCGUCCUCAGCAUGUUUGAAGAUAUGGGUUUCAUCAACAUGUACAAGAUCGACCGGCAGACUCUCGCCAGGUUUUGUCUAAUGGUCAAGAAAGGCUACAGAGACCCGCCCUACCACAACUGGAUGCAUGCGUUCUCUGUCUCCCACUUCUGCUACCUGCUCUACAAAAAUCUUGGGCUGUCCAACUACCUCGAGGAUAUAGAGAUUCUCGCUCUCUUUGUGUCCUGUCUGUGCCAUGACCUGGACCACCGCGGCACCAACAAUUCUUUCCAAGUGGCCUCGCAAUCUGUGCUGGCUGCUCUCUACAGCUCAGAGGGAUCCGUGAUGGAGAGGCAUCAUUUCGCUCAGGCCAUCGCCAUUCUAAACACUCAAGGCUGCAACAUUUUUGAGAAGUUCUCCAGAAAGGAUUACCAACGCAUGCUAGAUUUGAUGAGGGACAUCAUUCUCGCAACAGACCUGGCUCACCAUCUUCGCAUAUUCAAGGACUUACAAAAGAUGUCUGAUGACGGAUAUAAUCCAAAAAGCAGAACCCACCGCUCCAUGCUGCUGUGCCUGUUGAUGACAUCAUGUGACCUGUCAGACCAAACCAAGGGCUGGAAGACCACUCGCAAGAUUGCUGAGCUUAUCUAUAAAGAGUUCUUCUCUCAAGGAGACCUGGAAAAAGCCAUGGGGAACAGGCCCAGCGAGAUGAUGGACAGAGAAAAAGCCUACAUCCCAGAACUACAGAUCAGCUUCAUGGAGCACAUCGCGAUGCCCAUUUACAAGCUGCUGUCUGAACUAUUUCCUGGGGCCACAGAGCUCUAUGAGAGAGUGGCGGCUAAUCGAGAGCAGUGGACCAAAGUGUCCCACAAGUUCACCAUCCGGGGGUUGCCGAGCAACAACAGCCUCGACUUCCUGGACCAGGAAUAUGAGCUACUGCAGUCCCAGGGCGCUUUUGGGAGUGAUCACCUCUGCCUUAACGGCUGCCUUGAUGAUGCUGAAGCGGGGCAGGGACUGUGACGCCAGCGGCCCGUGUGCGGCUCAUGAAGUUUUCUGUCGUCCAGUAAGAGGCCGAAGACACCUUUCUGGCACCGGAAGAGGGAGAGGUCUAUCUGCUGUCGGCCACUUAGAUGUUUGGCAGCCGUGCGGGGUGGACAGGAGAAUGUUUCAAACAAUUUGAAACAUCUGACGUUUGGUUUGGUGGUCACAUGCUACAUCCCCAUUGGAGGAGAGCAGGAGGUGGCGCAGCGACACUGAAACCUGUUUUUACAAGACGUCAAAAGUUCAUACGUGCAGUACUCAUCCUGAUCAAGAUUGUACACAUUGACAAACUUUUGGGGGAAAAAAAUAGUUCAACAUGUAAACUUGACGAAGUGCUAUUGUUUGAGUGACAUGUUUCUUCAUGAUUUUGGUUUUAAUGGCUUCGCUUAGUUCACGCACAAGCAGCUGCCAUCCGCUUAAGAAUGCAUGGGAUGUCUUAUUUCACUUUUACUCCUAACCUUUUCCAUCGUGAUAGGAAUAUUUUUGUAUUGAGCAAUUCAAAUUAUACAAUAUUUUUCAUUCAUGUAUUACCACGAAGAUCCACAAGGGCCGUUGGCUUUGACUUGUCAAUCCUCGAGACAAAACAUUUGACAAUCACGUCUACAUCUACUACAUGGAUUCAAAGUCACACAUGACUUACUUUACACUCUAUCGUCACCGUUUCUUUGCCAACUUUUUAUAACUCGUUUCCUCAUAGAGCCACUAUAGGUAAAGAACAAGAGAAGCCCUUUAAAAGAUCCGUCCCAUCUGUUAUGUAAAGGAGCCAUAGUACAGUGUGCUCCAUGGAGUGUGUCAUAUGGAUCUGCCUUAUUGUGCAUCUUUGCUGCCUUUCUUAGAGCUUUUAAUAUAUACCUAUUGAAAUAAAGAGUCUGUUUA